AUGACGUUAGCAAUGCUGACGUCACGAAUGUCAGGAUUUGGAUCUUUAUCCAUCCUCGAGGAGUUCCGAUCGCUCCGACGGCUCCCGAUACCGGGUUUUCUUUUUCUCCUGAAUGAUGUAGUGCUGUCAGCCCUACUGGCCUUUAUAGCGUCACCGGACGUUGGGGUGAGUGCAAGACUCAGCCUUGAAUGGAACUCUUGCGAGCUCAAGAGUGACGUUCUUCCUGAUUCCCUGUUCCAACUGUCGUGGUGUAUCGACCUUAAAUUCCCUCCGAAAUUUAAAUUCGGAGCCGCCACGGCAUCUUAUCAAAUAGAGGGAGGCUGGAACGCUGAUGGUAAAGGCGAACAUAUCUGGGACCGACUAAUCCACACGAACCCGGAAAAAAUACAAGAAAAUGCAACAGCUGAUGUCGCUGCCGAUUCUUAUCAUAAAUGGCGUGAAGAUGUUAAAGUCGCUAAAGAACUGGGACUUCAGUUUUAUAGGUUUUCCAUAAGCUGGCCGCGCAUUCUACCCAAUGGUUUUCCCAAAAAAAUCAACAAAGCCGGUGCGAAAUAUUACAGUGACCUCAUAAAUGCCCUCCUCGAUGAGGGUGUGGAGCCAGUCAUCACUAUGUAUCAUUGGGAACUGCCAGUGAAAAUUCAAGACAUGGGUGGUUGGACAAACCCUCUAAUCGUCGGCUGGUUUGGUGACUACGCGAGAGUUCUGUACUCCCUCUACGCUGACCGUGUCAAAACCUGGCUCACUAUUAACGAAGCUAACGUCGUCUGUGAUUGUGGUUACAACGCAGGAAUUUAUGCACCAGUUAUCAAAGAAACAGAAUUCGCUCCGUAUUUAUGCAAUAAACACAUACUGCUUGCUCAUGCUAAAGCUUACAGGAUAUUCGAACAAGAAUUUCGACAUAGAUAUUAUGGGCGAAUAUCUCUCGCUAACAACCUCAUGUGGAUAGAGCCCUAUUCCCCAGAAGACGUCGAACUCGCGGAGCUCGGACGAAAUCAUGCGACAGGUAGAUACGCCUACCCAAUAUUCUCUAAGAAUGGUGGUUGGCCGCCCUCCACGGAAAAGGCGAUGCUGGAUUACAGCCGUAAACAGGGGUACAACGAGUCCAGACUUCCUGCAUUUACUGAUGAAGAGAAGAUAUUUGUCAAAGGCACAGCUGAUUUCUUAGGCGUGAACUAUUACACAACUAACAUGAUUAGAGCAGCCAAACCAGGUGAAGACCCUGGUAUUUGGUUCUUAACUGGUGCGCCAGAAUUAAAUGGGAUAUUAGAACAGCCACCCAAUGCAUACUAUGGAUAUUCUAAGAUAUUACCGAUUUAUCCACAAGGGCUCCGGAAACAGAUGGCAUGGUUGAAGGAACAAUAUGGCGACAUAGAUAUCCUGAUCACAGAGAACGGCUACUCUACAAGCAAUUACGAGCUCGAAGACUAUGAGAGAGCAGACUUCUAUUACAAACACUUGAAACAGGUGUUGUUGUCAAUUAAAGUGGACAAGGUCAGCGUUAUAGGCUUCGCAGCGUGGUCGUUGAUAGAUAACUUCGAAUGGUUAGCAGGAUAUACCUCGAAAUUUGGUCUCUACGAAGUGGACUUUAAAGACCCUGAUCGCAUAAGAACGCCUCGCGCUUCUGCACAUUUCUACGCAUGCAUUAUCAAGAACCGGUCGCUUAAUGAUACUUGCCUCAAUAAGAAACUCAUUGCUGGAUCCUUGAUUUCCAACCGAAAGAAUUCAGCAGAGAGUGUCCAAAAUUUCGGAAAAAGCAUAUAUUUUAUUUUCGUUCUGUUGAUUUUUAAAUGGUUUCUCAACUAA